CCAUCUCCAACCGAUAGCAACAACAAAAACAGGUUUUUCAGACUCGCUUUUGAACCCAGUAAAAUACAAAAAGUUUUGAAAUGGAGGGUAUAUCACAAUUAGUAAAAUCAACUUUACCCAAUUAUCUGUCAAAUCUACCGAUUCCGGACAGCAUCGGCGGUUGGUUUAAGCUUUCCUUCAAGGACUGGCUGGCCUUGAUCCCACCCACCGUUGUGGUGGCCGGACUGGGUUACACCGGAUAUCUGGCCUUCUGCCCGGCGGCCAAGUGCCAGGCCAAAAGCAGCGGACGCUGCAACAACCAAAUCCGGAAACAUGAGCCCAAGGUGGUGGACAUGAUCGAUGUGGAGGACAUUGCGGAGAAGGCGGCCUUCUGCCGCUGCUGGAAGACCAAGAACUGGCCCUAUUGCGAUGGCAGCCAUGGCGAGCACAACAAGCUGACUGGCGACAACGUUGGACCAGUUGUGGUGAAGAAGUAAAUUCCAGCCGUGCAUCGAUAUUGAAACACCUCUAGCAUUUCCUUGUUCAAAUUCUCUCUUGGAACUUUCUGUUUGCCUUUAGAACCAAGUUUAAUGGUUGAACUACUUCGAAAUAAUUCUACGCUGUCAGAACCCCUUGUAAACAUAAGCAAUAAUUGAUGAUAUUGAUGGAUUAAGUUAAAGAAGCCAAUAAAAUUGCCCAAAAAACAUCGAAA